GUACUAGCGUUAUUCAUAUGAACUUCGUUAUAUUAUUACCACCAGGCAGAAGAUAUUAAGACGAUUAUGGAGGAUACGCAGCGGUAUAUCUCACUGCUGACGAUGUGUGAUGAAGAUGACGAUGAAGUAAUGGUGUUUGAAUGCAGCGCUUCACUGGCCGCUAAUGCAUUCCCCAACUUUGAAGAAAUCCGUCGUGCAGGAAAACUUUGUGAUGUGGUGCUUGUUGUUGGUAAUGUCAGGUUUAGUGCUCAUCGUAUUGUUCUAGCUGCGACAAUUCCCUAUUUCCGAGCGAUGUUUACAGCUGAUAUGGCUGAAAGUCAGCAAGAAGAAAUUUAUUUGAAAGAUUUUGAACCGGACACAUUGGAACAAUUAAUUGCUUUCUCAUACACGGGAAGCAUAAGGAUAACCGCAGCAAAUGUGCAAAGCAUGAUGCAUGCAGCGAAUUUCUUGCAACUGAAUGGAAUCGUGGAUGAAUGCUCGAAGUUUCUGAAGUGUAGGUUGCAUGCACAGAACGUCCUUGGUAUACGAUCCUUUGCAAUGGCUCUUGGCUGUGUAUCACUCGUUCUUUCGGCAGAUUGUUUUCUGCACAAACAUUUUCUGUCAGUAUCGCAAGGUGAAGAAUACUUGGCUUUAUCAGUGGAUGAUUUGAUAACAAUAUUGAACAGAGAUGAAUUGUUUGUUGAAAGCGAGGAGCAAAUGUUUGAUGCAUGUAUGCGAUGGGUCCAGCAUAAUCCUGAAAGGAAGCAGUACUUACCGAGGGUACUUACAUGCGUCAGGAUGCCAUUACUGAAGCCUCAUUUCAUUACCGAUCACGUAGCCUCCCAUCCAUUCAUUCGUGAAUGCCUUGAUUGUCGUGAUCUAAUUGACGAGGCAAAAGAUUACCAUCUUAUGCCAGAACGAAGAAAAUUUUUCAGAAAAUUUAGAACGAAGCAGAGAUGUUGCUUUGAUGUUCCCGGUUUGAUCUUCGCCGUUGGUGGUUUAACGAAUGCCGGUGAUUCCUUGUCAACUGUUGAGAUGUAUGAUCCAAUGACUGGUAAGUGGACAUCAGCACAACCGAUGAAUUCAAUUCGAUCACGAGUAGGUGUUGCUGUAAUGAAUCGUAUGCUGUACGCCAUUGGCGGUUUUAAUGGGCAUGAUCGACUACGCACCGUUGAAGUCUUCGAUCCAGAUCAAAAUAAAUGGACCGAGGUAAGUCCGUUGAUUAAUAAACGUUCCGCGCUUGGAGCAGCUGUGGUCAAUGAUCGCCUUUAUGUAUGCGGUGGCUAUGAUGGGAUUAGUUCACUUGCAUCUGUAGAAGUUUACAAUCCUUGUGCAAAUCGAUGGACUCUUACUGUUGCGAUGAACAAGCAGAGAUCUGCUGCUGGUAUAGCUGUUAUUGAUAAUUACAUUUAUGUAAUAGGCGGACACGAUGGAAUGUCGAUAUUCAACUCUGUUGAACGUUUUAAUGUCGAUAGUGGUGAAUGGCAAGUGGUAAAAUCAAUGAACACAAAACGAUGUCGUUUAGGAGCUGCAGCUGUUCGAGGAAAAAUUUACGUUUGCGGCGGCUAUGAUGGAUGUCAAUUUCUGAAAAGCGUUGAAGUGUAUGAACCAGAGAAGGACGAGUGGAGCCCGCUAUCACCGAUGCAUUUAAAAAGAAGUCGAGUAUCACUGAUUUCCAAUGCUGGUGUUCUUUAUGCUAUUGCUGGUUAUGAUGGCAUUUCGAAUUUGAGUUCCAUGGAGACAUAUAACAUUGAAGAGGACAAAUGGACAUUGGCAACAAGUAUGGUAGCGCAUGAAGGUGGCGUUGGUAUUGGCGUGAUACCGUUUCAGCCAAGUAAAAUAUAA